CGCUGACAUUCCCAACAAUCACUACAGAGGAGGAAACACAACUAACACGAGUGAGAGGCUGCGUGGUGUGUUUCUGUGUGCCCAACCUCUAAAGAGGCUUUUAAAGAGAGCAACACGCUUAACUUUGAACGCUUGCUUUGGUACGACUGCAGGACAGAAAACUGUCUUCAUUACUGUGGGAACUAAAAGAAGAAGAGAAGAAAAUUGCUCUUAGAGGCUUGUGUGAUCAACUUUGUUUCCACCUCAGGGAGACGAGAAGAAGAAGAAGAAGAAAACCAUGUCCAACACUCUGCUGAGGAGAAACUCCAGCAAACAGGGUUUACAGAACCUGAUGAGGCUGACGGCUCAGAGGAGUAUCGAGGAUGCUGAGGAGGUGGAGAGGGAGCGUCGACAAAGAGCUCGGGAGGCUUUACGCUGGACAAACAGAGAUUUUUCACAAGAAUACGAGAUGUCUGCAGAGGACAACAUGUACAACGGUGACCUGAAACCGAGCAGCUCACUGUCUCUUGAGGAAGACGAAGGCUUCAGCGACUGGACUCAACGCAGAGAGAGGCAAAGGCAGCAGCGCAUGCAGGAGCUUAGCUUAGGAGGUGAGGAAGAUGAGGACGAAGAGGAGGUCACAAUAAACAAACCUGUAAAGACUGUCCAGGCCACAGUUAUAUCCUCCAGUCAAGUAGACAGAAGCACAGAGGAAAUGGAGAGGAGGAAGGGACGUGAGCAGGAGGUUAGUCAAAUGAGAAGGGAGUGGAAGGAAGAGGAUGAGAGGAAGAGCGAGGAGGUGAUGACCAGGAGGACAGAGGAGAUUCAAAGGCCGAAUACACAGGUGGAGCAAAGAAAAGACAUCAAAAUCUCCUACACAUCCAAGGUCCUCCUUCACCAAGAGCCCAAACACAACAGCAGCAAUGGAGAAACAACUAAUGAGGAAGUGACAUCAUACAUAAACAACAAGGCAAAAAGUUAUACCAGAGCCAUGGAGCAAGAGGAGGGGGAGGCCACUGUGGAGACAAAGCAGCAUCUGGAGAAGAUCUGGCUGACCCUCCAGCAGAAGGAGAACCAGGAACUGGAGCAGCUGAGACACCGACAGGCUGAAACUGAACUGGAGCUGGAGGAGCUGAAGAGGAGGAGGGAGGAGAGAAGUCGAGUCCGGCUGGAAGACGAGCAUCGGAGAGAGGAGGAGGAGCGCCAACGGCUGGCCAAAGAGGAGGAGAAGAGGAUGAGGAUGAAGGAGGACAUAGAGAGGAGGAGAAUGGAAGCAGCAGAGAGGAUGAAGAACCUGAGUAUGUCCAGUGUGGAUGGAGAUGAGAUGUUCAGUCCCUUCAGUCCCAAAGUGUCCACACACAAGAUCACAGAGAGAACAGAGUCAUUGAACCGCUCACUGAAGAAAAGUAACAGCUUUAAGAAGACGCAGCCGCUUGUUCUGCUGCCAAAGAUUGACGACAAGAUGGAGCAGUACGCCAAUGCCGUGGAGAGCUCACAGGAAGUGCGGGCAGUGAAAGUAUCAAUGACAGACCUGCCCAGCUCACCUGAGGUUGUCACCACCAAGAAAAACCUGUUUGAGGGUAGAGAAGCCUGGAGUCCCAGCAGGGGAGCGAACUGUAAGGACACUGAGGGGCUAAAGGUGGACGUGGCCGACCUGAUCACCCAGUGGGUGAAUGGUCCAUCUGACAGCAGCAGACAGUCGUCCUGCAGACCAGCGGAUGUCAAGCCUGGAGACGUGAUGCAGAAAAAGAACUUGUGGGAGGUGAUUGGAGACUCAUCAGGACGCAAUAUGCAACAAGCCAAGGCAUCAGCAACUGGUAAAAAGUUCAAGUUUGUGGUCACUGGUCACGGUAAAUAUGAAAAAAUCUACGUGGACGACGGGGUGGGAGGAGACUUCGUCAAAGGAAAUUCUGGUGAGAUGACAACAGGAUGUGUUGGAAGUCUCUCUGCUGAGGGUCACAUGUUCAUCAUGGUUUUAUACUGCUGGAGGUCAUCAAUUUAUAUCACGACUACUGAGCAGCCAUCAUUUCUUCAGCUACUUUCCGUCUUGAUUUCCAAUACAGGCUGAAUAUGUCAUUUACAUCCAAUGAAUCACUUUUCUGAUUCUCAGUUGGACAACUACAAACCAGCAGUCCAGAAGAUUUGAUCAUCAGAUGUUUUUGUCCUUGUAUUUUCUGACAUUCUGUUUCUCUCAUUAUGUAUAUAUCUGAGUGUGAGCUUUAAUGUUGUUGUCUUAUUCUCCACUAUAGUAUUUAGGCAAAUCCUUCCUUAUGUUGAUCCUUGUAUGAUGGUGUGUAGGGAAACUCAGGUUUUCUGGCCUCUGUUACAUUUCAGUUUCCUUUAUAAAGACAGCUGAUCUACACAGACUCUUUUUCCAGUGUGUUUUUAUCAGAUCUGCCUCUGUACUACAGCAGACUCUGUACUACUUUAACAUCCAUUUACUGAGACUGUAUGUGUUUGUAACCCUUUUUCUGAAAUAAAUUAAACUGAUUUUCUA